GCCGCCAUAGUUUACAUUUGAACAGCGGUUUGCGAAAUGUUUCAUGUUUUAGUAUUUUAUACUUCGAUUUUUGCGAAUGUUAGUGGAUAAAUAUUGUUGAUUUUUGAAGGAAAGAAACUCUUUGAUGCUGUGACCAAAAUGACUAUGCUAAAUCAGGCCGCCGUGGAGGCGUUGUGUUCAGCAACAUAUCUCGAAAACUACCUCGAAACGAUGGAGAGCUUACCCGAUGAUUUACAAAGAUGUGUGACAGCUCUGCGGGAACUAGAUAUUCAAUGUAGAGAUAUUUUACAAGAAAUGGAUCAUUUCCACGAUACUUACUUAAAUCCAGCAUCAGAGACAAUUGCUAAAAAUAAAGCUUUUUUAGGAAUUCAGAGGUCAUUAAUAAAAUGUCAAGAAAUUGGUGAUGAAAAAUUACAUUAUAUGUCCAACAUAAUAGAUAUAAUAGAAAACAGACAGAGACAACUAGAUAUGGAUAGAGAAAAUUUGGAUCCUUCAGCUCACAGACCUAGAGAAUUAGAUAGAGAAGAAUACUCAGUAAUACGAAAAGAAAUAAGAAAUAAUGAUCACGAAAAAAUAGAAAAAUCAGGACAGAAAAGACAGAGACGUCAGAAAAAUAAUGAUAUUGAAGACAAGGUAGAUAAUCAUAUUGGAAAGAAGAAGAAAAAGAGGAAAGUGAAGAAAGAGAGGUCAGAUUCCCCUAUUGAUCCUCCAAUAGACCCUGAUGAACCACGGUACUGUCUAUGUGACCAGGUUUCUUACGGUGAAAUGAUCGGAUGUGACAAUGACAAAUGUGAAAUUGAAUGGUUUCAUUUCAAUUGUGUUAACUUAUCUCACAAACCUAAAGGAAAGUGGUACUGUCCUAAGUGUCGUGGAGAUAAACCUACAGUUAAAAAACCU